GUCGAAUGCAAUGGCAUGACUUAAUCCCGCGUUCCCAACCAUUUCCGUUUUGGAUUAACCGGAGCCCCGCAGGUUGCCGCCGGAGCUGUGACGCCAAAAAUAUGCCGUGCAAGAUCCGGCCGCUGCUAACAAUAGCAUUACUCAAAUCUUCGUUCAACCUCCGCCUUACAGACUGUCACUGUCACCAUACUGUUCCAAAGUCUUUACUCUCCCACCUUCACAAAUUUAGUUAUCUCCGACUCCUACAGAACCCAAGUUCUGGAACUUUGAUUAGAGCUAGACAUCCCCAGCUUCUUCGAUUUCUGGGAAUCAUUGGCACAACUCGAUUCGUGCAUUCCGUUGCAGACUUUCGAGAUGCAUAUGAUGAAUCAGCUGUCUUCGUUCAGAAACUUCUAAAAUUCCGAAGGGACAAACCGACGGAGGAAAUCGAGCGAGCUCUCGAUCUAUCUAGGUUCGAGUUGAACCAUGAUUCUGUUUUGAAAGUUCUCAGGAGGCACCGUUCUGAUUGGAGACCAGCAGUGGUGUUCUUCCGCUGGGCUUCUAAGGCAGGUGCUAGAAGUCGGUAUACUCCUAGUUCUGAUGUUUACAACGAGAUUAUUGACCUUCUUGGGAGGGCGAAACGCUUUGAGGAACUGAACCAGGUGUUCGAUGAAAUGUCUAGGAGAAAGGGACUCGUAAAUGAGGUGACCUUUAGGAUUUUGCUUUCUAGGCAUGCUGCUGCACAUAAGGUAGAGGAAGCAAUUGAUAUAUUCUACAGGAGGCAAGAGUUCGGGAUGGAGCUUGAUUUGCCAGCUUUUCAGACGCUUUUGAUAUCUCUGUGUAGGUAUAAGCACGUGGAAGAUGCAGAGACGCUGUUUCGCAAUAAGAUAAACGAGUUUCCGCCGGAUAUAAAGACAUGGAAUGUCAUUCUCAAUGGUUGGUGUGUUCUUGGGAAUGUCUACGAGGCAAAGAGGUUCUGGAAAGACAUAAUGGCAUCUAGAUGCAAGCCGGAUCUUUUCACAUAUGGGACUUUCAUUAAGGCUUUAACACAGAAGGGGAAAGUGGGGACGGCUCUGAAGUUGUUCAGAGGCAUGUGGGAUAAAGGUAUGGUCGAACCAGAUGUUGUCAUAUGCAAUUGCAUCAUUGACGCACUUUGUUUCAAGAAGAGGAUUCCCGAGGCUCUUGAAGUUUUUCAAGACAUGAACAAACGAGGGUGUCUCACUAAUGUGGCAACUUACAAUUGCCUCAUCAAAUACAUGUGUAAGAUUGGACGUCAGGAAAAGGUGGAUGAAUUAGUAAAUGAAAUGUUACAGAGAAAAGGGAGCUGCAUGCCCAAUGCUGUAACUUACAGUUACCUGCUCACGUCGGUGAAGGGGCCGGAGGAAAUUCCAAUGCUGUUGGAGAUGAUGGAGAGAAAUGGAUGCACCAUGAAUGAUGACAUAUACAACCUGGUUUUAAGGUUGUACAUGGGAUGGGAUUCUGAGGUUGGAGUAAGAAAAACAUGGGAAGGAAUGGAAAAACAUGGGUGGGGACCUGAUAGGAGAUCGUAUACAAUUAUGAUUCAUGGUCACUAUGGAAAAGGGAGAACCAAGGAAGCUCUGCGUUAUUUCAGGGAGAUGACUUUAAAGGGAAUGGUGCCUGAACCGAGAACUGAGAAGCUCCUAAAUACCAUGAACUUAGAUGAAGCACAAAACAAGAAAACAUAAAUAGAGGCAUUGGAAAUCUUGGGUUGGGGGCAGUGUACCAGAGAUCUCUUAGCCCUAAGCAAUGCCUCCUUCAACUCGUAAUUAAUUUAAGAUAGUUGGAAGAAAGCAAGUAGUUGAUAGACAAGGAUGUCAUUGCUAAUCAGAAACUAGAAAUGGCAGAGAAGAACCACCAGUUCAACAUGGUUAA